AUGGUUCAAUCCUCCGUUCUGGGUUUCCCCCGUAUGGGUAAGCUCCGUGACCUGAAGAAGGCCACGGAAGCUUACUGGGGUGGCAAGAUCUCUCGUGAGGAGCUCCUCGCCGAGGGCAAGCGUCUUCGUCUGGAGCACUGGAAGAUCCAGAAGGAUGCCGGUGUGACUCAGAUCCCCAGCAACGACUUUGCCAACUACGAUCAGGUUCUGGACCACAUUCAGCUCUUCGGUGUCGUCCCCGAGCGCUACAGCAAGUACAACCUCGACCCUCUCGAUGAGUACUUCGCCAUGGGCCGUGGUCUCCAGAAGGAGGGUAUCGAUGUUCCCGCCCUUGAGAUGGUCAAGUGGUUCGACUCUAACUACCACUACGUUAAGCCGGCCCUGCAGAACAACCAGGUCUUCAAGCUGUCUGCCAACCCCAAGCCCGUCGCUGAUUUCAACGAGGCCAAGGAGGCCGGCAUUAUCACCCGCCCCGUUCUCCUGGGUCCCGUUUCCUUCCUGGCUCUCGGUAAGGCCGAUCGUGACCAGACUGUCGACCCCAUCGACAAGCUGAACGAUCUCCUGCCCCUCUACGUCGACCUCCUCGCCCAGCUGAAGGCUGCGGGUGCUGAGGAUGUCCAGAUCGAUGAGCCCGUCCUCGUCUUCGACCUUGCUUCCAAGGUGAAGGCCGCUUUCAAGCCUGCCUACGAGAAGCUGGGCAGCCUUGGCGCCCAGGCCCCCCGCCUGACCCUGGCCACCUACUUCGGUGACAUCGUCCACAACAUUGAUGUCCUCCCCGCCCUCCACAAGGUCCACUCUAUCCACGUCGAUCUGGUCCGCAACCCCGAGCAGCUCGACGCCGUUGUUGCUGCCCUGGGCCCCAACCAGGUUCUCUCUGCUGGUGUCGUCGACGGCCGUAACAUCUGGAAGACCAACUACAAGACUGCCAUCGAGAAGGUUGAGGCCGCCAUCCAGAAGCUCGGCAAGGACCGUGUCAUUGUCGCCACCUCCAGCUCCCUUCUCCACGUUCCCCACACUCUGGCUUCCGAGAAGAAGCUCGACCCCGAGGUCGCUGACUGGUUCAGCUUCGCUGUCGAGAAGGUCUCUGAGGUCGUUGUCAUUGCCAAGGCCGUCACCGAGGGCCCCGCUGCCGUUGCUGCCCAGCUCGAGGCCAACGCCAAGUCGGUCCAGUCCCGUGCUACCUCCAAGCGCACCAAUGACCCUGCUGUCAAGGCCCGCCAGGCUGCUGUCACCCCUCAGAUGCACAACCGCCAGUCUCCUUUCACCACCCGCAUUGCUAAGCAGACCGAGUCCAUCAAGCUCCCCAAGUUCCCCACCACCACCAUUGGCUCUUUCCCCCAGACCGACAAGAUCAGAAAGACUCGUAACCAGUUCACCAAGGGCGAGAUCACUGCUGAGCAGUACGAGCAGUUCAUCAAGGAUGAGAUUAACGAGGUUGUCAAGAUCCAGGAGGAGCUCGGCCUUGAUGUUCUCGUCCACGGUGAGCCCGAGCGUAACGACAUGGUCCAGUACUUCGGUGAGCGCCUGACUGGUUACACCUUCACCGAGAAGGCCUGGGUGCAGUCUUACGGCUCGCGCUGCGUUCGUCCUCCCAUCAUCUACGGUGAUAUUAGCCGCCCCGCCCCGAUGACCGUCAAGGAGUCCAAGUACGCUGUUUCCAUCAGCAGCAAGCCCAUGAAGGGUAUGCUCACUGGUCCUAUCACCUGCCUGCGGUGGUCUUUCCCCCGUGAUGACAUUCACCAGAGCCAGCAGGCUCAGCAGCUGGCCCUUGCCCUGCGCGAUGAGGUUGUUGAUCUUGAGAAGGCCGGUGUCUCCGUGAUCCAGGUCGAUGAGCCUGCUCUGCGUGAGGGUCUUCCUCUUCGCACCGGUAGCGAGCGUGACGCCUACCUCAAGUGGGCCGUCGAGUCCUUCCGCCUGUCCACCGCUGGCGUCGAGGAUGGCACUCAGAUCCACUCUCACUUCUGCUACUCCGAGUUCCAGGACUUCUUCGACGCCAUUGCGGCGCUUGAUGCUGAUGUUCUGUCCAUCGAGAACAGCAAGUCGGAUGCCAAGCUCCUGAAGGUCUUCGAUGAUAAGGAGUACCCCCGCCACAUCGGUCCUGGUGUCUACGACAUCCACUCUCCUCGUAUCCCUAGCGAGCAGGAGAUCAAGGAGCGCAUCGAGCAGAUGCUUGCUCACCUCAAGCCCGAACAGUUGUGGAUCAACCCCGACUGCGGUCUGAAGACCCGGAAGUGGCCUGAAACCAAGGCGGCCCUUGCCAACAUGGUCUCCGCGGCCAAGCACUUCCGCGAGAAGUACGCUUAA